UCAUACUUCCUUUCUCGUCGCUUGGCUCCUUUCCAUGGAGAGAAUGAAAUACUGCGAACCUUCGAGGAUGGGGAUUUUGACAUUAGUGUCUCCAAUUUGCAAUCGAACUUGUCCAACUGCCAGUCAUCGUUAGCAGGCAUUUUAGUGCUGGCGUGGCUGUUGGGAAAUGGCACCAGGCGAGCGAAUUUUUCGUUGUCGGAGCUUUCAAAAACGAAUGAUCCACAGUAUUUAGAGACAGAGAGGGCAAUUUGCUCAGCAACUUCACGCUCGCCCGCAUCUUCUAACUUGUCGAUAGUACAUGUACUGGUUCGUUUGACUGAUAAGGCGGCGGCGACACGAUCCAUCCGUUGUUUCUUAGCCUUCCGUCCACUCACGUACCCAUAA